AUGCCAUAUUCCAUUACUAUCAAAGAAAUCCGCGGCAAGGCGGGUAAGGUGUACUACCCCUUGAAGCUCAACCUCUAUCUUAAGCCCUCUCCCGGUCCGAACGAAGUCCUUGUGAAGCUCCAUGCUGCCGCGUUAAACCGGCGCGAUUUCUUUAUCCGACAGCAUCUCUACCCCGACAUUUCCUUCAAGUCCCCUCUCUUGUCUGAUGGAUACGGAACUGUUGUUGAGACCGGACCUGAGUGUCGCAACGAUCUCCUAAAUAAGAAGGUUGUUUUGACACCUUCUCGGGGAUGGCAAUCUAACCCCGAGGGACCGGAAGACCCAUCAAAGUUUACUGGCAUUGGUGGGAUGGGUGCCAACAACAUUGGUUGCGCGCAGGACUACGUCGUCGUGGACGAGUCAGAAGUUGAGGUCUGUCCCGAGCAUCUCAAUGCGGCGGAAGCUGCAGCUCUUCCCUCUGUCGGGCUGACAGCUUGGCGGGCGUUCAUGAUCAAAUCUGGUAAUGCAAAGCCAGGCCACAACAUUCUCGUAACAGGGAUUGGGGGUGGUGUAGCUUUGCAGCUGCUCCAGUUUGGCGCGGCCGUGGGCUGCAACGUCUAUGUGACGUCCGGGGAUGCUGCCAAGAUCAACAAGGCCAAAGGCCUUGGCGCGAAAGGGGGCGUGAACUACAAGACAGAUGAGUGGGAGAAAGAGCUGAGCAAGAUUUUGCCAGCCGAACGGCCAUAUCUUGACGCCGUGAUUGACGGAGCGGGUGGGGACAUUGUCAGCAGAGCCAUGAAUAUCCUCAAACCGGGAGGAGUAAUCGUGUCAUAUGGGAUGACUGUUGCUCCCGUGAUGGAUUGGCUCAUGCAUGCUGUGUUGAGGAACGUGGAGCUGAAGGGGAGCACACUCGGUUCUAGGUCCGAGUUUACAGAUAUGGUCAACUUUGUCAGGGAUAAGCAGAUACGGCCCAUUAUCAGCCGAACUGUCAAGGGUCUGGAGUCAAUGGACGCAAUUGAGGGGCUUUUUGACGAUCUGAGGACGAAUAAGCAGUUCGGCAAGCUUGUGAUUGAGAUUUCCUCGGACGGUAGUACUACAUAG